AUGACUGGUUCAAUUACUGCUCUCCGACAAGAGAGGCUGAAGAAAAGUGCCAGGCCAAAUCCCCCAGGUUUGUUCACCAUCAACGAAGAGGAUGAGCAGCAAAAGAACGGGAAUUCCAAAAGACCAAAAGUCAACUUUCUCCUGGGUCUUCCUCUUGCAUCUGCAGCAUAUGUAGGAACAGCUGUCCUCCCACAAUCUGACAUGCCAGCAACUGAAGGUUCUAAAAUACAAGACAAGAAAGUUACUUCAGGACAAAGCAACACUGGGACUAAGCCAGAUCAUCCAACAAUACUUAAGGUUGAUGAUAGGCAACGGCUUGCUAGAGAACGGAGAGAAGAACGAGAAAAACAGCUAGCUGCAAGGGAAUCCAUCUGGUUAGAAAGAAAAGAGAGAGCCCGGCAACAUUAUGAAAGACACCUGGAGGAACGCAGAAAGAAGCUAGAAGAGCAGAGAUUAAAGGAAGAGAGAAGGCGAGCUGCCGUAGAGGAAAAGCGAAGGCAGAGACUAGAAGAAGAUAAGGAACGACAUGAAGCUGUUGUACGUCGCACAAUUGAAAGAAGCCAGAAGCCAAAACAAAAGCAAAACAGGUGGUCCUGGGGAGGAGCACUGCAUAGCCGCAUUAAUAACACAGGUUAUUUUUUUGAAUCAUCAUUCACCUUUCUCGAUUUAGCAGGCCUGGAGCACCACUUCAGAUCUCUGGGUGGUGCUAGAAAACCUGAUCCAGACAGGCGAUCUGUUUCAACAAUGAACCUUUCGAAACAUGUUGAUCCAGUCAUUAACAAGCGGCUCUCCUCCUCAUCUGCAACAUUACUAAAUUCUCCAGACAGAGCUCGCCGUCUACAGCUCAGUCCAUGGGAGAGCAGCAUCGUUAGCAGGCUCCUGACGCCCACUCACUCAUUCCUGGCCAGAAGUAAAAGCACAGCUGCAUUGUCUGGAGAUACAGUUAUCCCCAUUUGUCCCCGUUCAGCAUCUUGCAGCCCCCUCAGUCCUCUGUCCUACAAGACCAUGAGCUGUAGGAAUUCAGAACGAGCGAAACUUUAUGCCUCUACUGAUGCUGUUGGACGUAGGAGAACAACGCAUCCCGCGGGGACUGACAAAAAAGAAAAAGAGAGAGACCAUUUGUCAUCCAGCUUCUCAGCCACCUUUAAAGGAGGUCAUUUUUCUUCCAAUCCCAAAGCUAGAUCACCAGCUCCCUCUCCAGUUUGGCACGCAUCAAAGUCUUUGCCUUUUUUGCCUGGCACACCCAAGCAGGUAACUUCCCCACCUGGUUCCUCCAAAGUUUCCUCUACUCAGGCACGUCCUCCUUCUCCUGGCAACAUCCGGCCAGUCAAAAAGGAGGUCAAACCAGAGACUGAGAAGAAAAGAUCAGAAAAGGAAGUUGAAAAGGCCAGUGAGGAGAGGACAGAAGAGAGUAAAGGAGAAUCUGCAAGGGAAGAGCUCACUAUCCAGGCAGAGCUCACUCAAGCAGCCAGCCCAUCCCUACCUCCUGCUCCACCAGUUCUUUCUUCACCACCAGUCCCCACGAAGGCCUCUGCAGGUACAACUGACCCUGAAGAAGCAACAAGGCUUUUGACUGAGAAAAGGCGCCUUGCCCGUGAGCAGCGGACACGGGAGGAGCAAGAAAGGAGGGAGAGAGAAGAACUUGAAAGGCAAAAGAAGGAGGAGCUAUCACAGAGGAUAGCUGAAGAAAGAGCGAGGCGAGAAGAGGAAGAAGCUCGCAGACAGGAAGCAGAAAAAAAAAGAAAGGAUGUAGAGGAGGAGCGGGAAAAGGAAGAACGUCUGCGCCGACAGGCAGAAGAGAGAGAACAGAAGGAGAAAGAAGAGAUGGAGCGCAUUCAGAAACAGAAAGAAGAGGAGGCUCGCCUACGGGAAGAGGCGGAGCGGAUUCGAUUAGAACGUGAGAAGCAUUUCCAAAGAGAAGAGCAAGAGCGCUUGGAAAGGAAGAAGAGGCUUGAGGAGAUCAUGAAGAGAACUAGGCGUGUAGAAGCUGUAGAUAAGAAAACCAGUGACCAGCAAAAUGGACAUAUAUCAAAGGCAAAUAGCACUGGCGAAGCAGUCAUAACCAAUCCUGCAUCUCCCUUGGAACCUGCAGGAGGAUCUCAGCUUCAGCAUGGAACGCAGUCUCCGCACAAUGGGCAGCCCAUCACUUGUUCACAUGUGAUUGUUUCACACCAAGCCCCUCUAAGUAUGGACAGCAAUCUCAAUCCAGAGAAAAAUGGGAAUGAAAAUGGAAUGUCUAUGCAGAAUGAUAGCUUUGAAGAGAUCAUAAACCUACCUAUUGGUUCUAAACCAUCCCGGGUGGAUGCCAUGAACAAUGAUGGAAGCAAUAGUUCUGAGAUUCCUUUGAAUCCAAUUCUAGCCUUUGAAGACAAGGGGACUCUUUUGCCUCAGGUAGAUAGUGUUCAAACACAUCAAACAGCUGGUAAGUUUGCCGUGGUUCAUUAA